UUCUCUCAGCCCUUCUUGACAUGCCUACUCUACCAGCAUAAAGAGCUUCAGAGUCCAGUAAUGUGGAUGUAACUUAGCUAGAGUUAGGAUAUAAAUCGUAUCCAGGACUCACCGUAGCCUCCUUGUCCGCUGGGCUGAAACAGACUUUUUUUUUUUCUUGCUGCCAGCACCAGGUCCUCCUUAGAGGAGAGAGGGGGAAAAAGCGCCUACUGGGCUUCAGUGCGGAGAAAAAAAAAAGAGUGGUGGAGAAGAGGAUCAAGCAGAGUCCGGGCGUGGUGGACAGAAAAAAAAAACUAACCUUUGUUUGCAAAACUUUACAUUUUAGCAGCAAGUAUGUCGCUGUCGGUGCCGCAGAACGGUGUGAAGGCGGAUAAUGAUCCCGUUAUCGAGCUGUUCGUGAAGGCGGGAAGUGAUGGUGAGAGCAUCGGGAACUGCCCCUUCUCCCAGAGGCUCUUCAUGAUCCUGUGGCUCAAAGGAGUCGUCUUCAACGUCACCACAGUGGACCUCAAGAGGAAGCCUGCCGACCUCCAGAACCUGGCCCCAGGCACACACCCGCCCUUUGUCACUUUCAACGGGGAGGUCAAAACUGAUGUCAACAAGAUCGAGGAGUUCCUUGAAGAUGUCCUCUGCCCACCCAAAUUUAUCAAGCUUGGUGCAAGACACCCAGAGUCAAACACAGCUGGUAUGGACAUCUUUGCCAAGUUUUCAGCUUAUAUUAAGAACUCAAAACCAGAUGGAAAUGAAGCUCUUGAGCGCGGCCUUCUGAAGACACUGCAGAAGCUGGACGAGUAUCUUCGCUCACCACUGCCCGAUGAGAUCGACCACAACAGCAUCGAGGACAUCAAGGUCUCCACUCGUAACUUCUUGGACGGUGAUGAAAUGACUCUGGCUGACUGUAACCUGCUGCCCAAGUUGCAUAUAGUCAAGGUGGUGGCCAAGAAGUACAGAGGCUUUGACAUCCCCAAAGAGAUGACUGCCAUUUGGAAGUACCUGAACUACGCCUACACACGAGAGGAGUUCAGCAACACUUGCCCCAGUGACAAAGAAAUUGAGAUAGCUUACGGUGACGUAGCCAAGAGGCUGGUCAAAUAAGCUUUUCUGUCUCUCCCCCCCCUCCGCCCCGUAACCUCCACCUCUACACAACCCUACACCUCCCCCUCCCUGCACCAGGACUGACAUGCUCAUCCAUGAGAAAGAAACAUUCUGGACUGUUUUUUCCUUCUCUCUUCAUCUAGAGCAAACCCAAACACAUGUUUUCUGCCAUUCCCACACAAAGACCUUUUUAGUUGAUUCAGCACUGGUCAACUUUGUUUCUCUUUCUUUGUUAAUUGCUUUUGUUUAUUUUUAUUUUGUGAGGCGACAAAUAAGCACCCACCCGUGUAUCAGAGCUUAUCAAUGUUGGGAGCUACGUCAGACACACUCCCUGAUAAGUGACCUUCAAGCUGACCUUCUGUCUGCAUGCAGGCAGAAGGUCACACAAUGUUGUUGUUGAUUUUCUGUUCAUUAUUGAAAUAGCUCUUUCUAGAAUUGCUAUAAAACAAACACUGAGACGCUUUUUUUUUCCUGUCUUGACUUAUUUAGAGGCAUCAUAAACAGUGUUGACGCUUCAGUGUUUUAGGCUUCAGGUCUAAGAAGAAGCUGAAGUGAAUCCAAAGUGGUUGAAGUAUCAAAUGAGAGAUGCUUUGCUUUGUUUCUAAGCUGUUUAGAAUAAAUCUAAAUAAGUGUAACUGCAGGACAAGCUACCUGGUUUAAUGCUACGAUUUUCUCAUUCUCUCAACUUAAAAAAAGGUCUUGUAGCUUAGCUCAGUAGAAAUGUAGGGAAUGUUCUUUAUUGGCUGCAUAAGUAACUCAGGAAUAAUCUAACCUGAGGUCUAUGAUAUAUUCAACAGUAUGUAGCUAACGAAUCCUCAAGCUUAUGAAGAUGCGCGUACAUAUUUUAAUCACCACAUUGCCAUACAAAGUGUUCAUAAAGACACUAAGACAUUGAGUGAAAGGCUUGCUGAUUCUCUCUUCUCUUAUGACGCAUGAAGGAAAGUGUUCACUCAGACAUGCUGACUGUAGCGGUAGUUUGGAUUACACCUUGUGGAUCAAAAAGAGGCACAUUAUUCUGGUCUCACUGUGGAUAGAAUAAGUCUGACUAUGUAAACCAACAACAAAAGAUACCACAUGUUCUCACUGUAAUCGUCUCCAUAGCAUACAGAAUGACACUAAUGUGCAACCAGGCACCAGGCAUGGCGACUCUAAAGAUAUUUAUGAAAAAACUGAUCCAAAGGAGUACCAUUGAGAUAUAUAUAUGUACACGGUCCAAUUGAGUAUGUAUAUUGAUUUCUAAGGUAGUGAAUGUAUGUUAGGAAACGGUAGCUCCAAAAGUGCUUUAGUGCAGAUAAAGCACAACCUGUUUUUGAUUUCUGCAGAUUGUCAUGCUUUUCCACGUUUGUUAUCAAACAAAUUUGAUAAAAGGAAUUGUGUAUAUAUUGAAUAUUUUUUUGGGAUUUCUUGGAAUUCAUUUUGUAAAUUUUAUACAUUAUAUCAAAAUUGAGUGGAAAAUGGGCCAUUCGUUACAUUCUUGGACUCGAUUCUAGAUGAACCAUCUUACAUUGCCUUACUUGAUCUUCUCAUCAGACAUUUUGCAGGAAAGUUUUUUUUUUUUUUUUAAGAUAAUUUCAUCACUGCAUUGGUGUGUUAAAGAAGAUAUCCAAGCUAUGUCAUGGCUUUUUUUUUUUUAACAAUAUUGACUGAAUUGAAAUAAACUUCUUAUUGGCA